AUGCCUCCCCAAGUCGAGGUCUCCGUGGCGUCAUCGCCGCAGAAGCAACAAGGGAAGCCCUUUCUCAACGUGGACGCCGAGAAACCGGAAGAAUGCCUGAUUUUUCUGCAGCGUGCUACCUACCUUUCGAUCGUUCAAGUUCUGCAUCUGCGGAAGCUGCUGCGUCAAAAGGCGUUUACCAAGCGUUAUUUUGAAGACGAACCUUUUUACGUCCUGAACAAUAUGACCUCAGCCGGCCGUCGAAUGUACAACAAGCUGAAAGGCCCCCUCGAUGCCGUGCGGAAAAGGGCUCUUUCGAAGAUUGUGCUGCAACUGCGGGCUAGGGAUGGGCACGAUUACGAUGACGACGAAUACGCAAAUUUAUGCAACGAAGCUUGGACAAUCCAGCUCACCUAUGGAAGUUCCGGCUCGGUGCAGAUUAUACGCGAAAGCGACGGUGCCGCCAUGGGGAAGCUCAAGUAUAACGGGCCAGGAUCGUUGGAGAACGCUACUUUCGAGCUCCUGCACGAACUGAAGAGCAUUGGACAGGUCCUGCAUCCAUUACCAAGCGUCGUCGACCACUAUUUUCGAGUAUAUUGCAACCAGUCAGAAUAUCAAAUGGAUGGUUAUAAAACUGUCUCUGGUCCGUUGCUGGUCUCGGGCGAUGGCUACCUAUGCAUCUCAAAGAUGAUGCUUAACCAUGGCUCUAUGCUCUUCGACAUCCAGUCAGAAUUUUUGCCUUCCAUCGAAUCGGCCGCAGAGGGUCUCAAACGCGUUGAGGAGAAGCGGAAGCCCGCCAACAUUUUGGACGAAAGCCUAUUCUCAGAUCCAGGGGUGCCUCAAGCUAAGGCCUACGACCCGGAAGUUCCCACGAUUGAAGCGAUGGUCCCCCGUACCCCAUUCACUCCGAAACGGACCGCCGAUUUCCCCGAGAUCCUUGAUUUUGACGCGUUCAACAUGAUUCUGCAGGCGCCCGCUGAUGAAGAGCUGUUCUCUGAACCCUUCGUACAGCCGGGAUUCCAGGACCCAGUGGACACACUUUACGGGAUUACAUCCCUCAACACUGAGGCGUCAGACUCGCAGGCUCCAGAUGGUUCGGAUGAUAAAUUGGAGAACCCGCGGUUGGCGACAUCAAAAGCGAAAGUUACUUCUCCCACUCUGCUUUCGGACAUCUGCCACGAAAAGGAUAAAACGGUGGUUUGCGGCGAUGCGGACAACACGAGCAUGGCUGGGAAUGUUGACACCGAUCCCGUCAGUAAACCUACGGAGAUGAGCGACGAGAGCAGCCUCCCACGGCCUCCGGCGCGCAGAAGGAAAUUGCCUCCAUCUGUUGUUAAGAAGGAGGUCUCUCCUCCCCUGAAAAGACGAGGUCUCUCCUCCCUUGAAAAGACGGCUUUGCAAUCGGAAGGUUCUGCCCACGAGAAUCCGCGUCACCAAGCUCCAAACAGCGUCACGAAGAUCUUCAACACUUCACCUCUGAUGGAGAGCAGCCUCCCACGGCCUCCGGCGCGCAGAAGGAAAUUGCCUCCCUCUGUUGUUAAGAAGGAGGUCUCUCCUCCCCUGAAAAGGCGAGGUCUCUCCUCCCCUGAAAAGACGGCUUUGCAAUCGGAAGGUUCUGCCCACGAGAAUCCGCGUCACCAAGCUCCAAACAGCGUCACGAAGAUCUUCAACACUUCACCUCUGAUGUCUAUCUCCUCUACUUUGCAAACCGAGACUUCUGCUGAAGCGCACGCGGAUCAACAAGGGCCAUACAGUGUUACGAAGUACUUUGCCACUACACCGGUGAUGUCUGUUUCCUCGGCCCAGAGCUCUGUCGUAAACCCGACGCACCAGAACAAGUACUUCAGCACUUCUCCUAUCAUGCCACUCUCGCCAGCCAGCGAUCGUUCACGAAUUGGGGCAGCCGGCUCGAGAGAGAAUCUCGAUGGGACUCUAAUGACCGAAAGGAUUUUCGCUACCUCGCCGAUCAUGGGUCUUUCACCCGCAUCUUCGUUGGCCAAUUCUGUCCAGGAAGUGCCACUUCAACCUGCUGCUGAUGUUGUGACGAAGUUUUUCAACACUUCACCACUGAUGUCUAUCUCCUCUACUUUGCAAACCGAGACUUCUGCUGAAGCGCACGCGGAUCAACAAGGGCCAUACAGUGUUACGAAGUACUUUGUCACUACACCGGUGAUGUCUGUUUCCUCGGCCCAGAGCUCUGUCGUAAACCCGACGCACCAGAACAAGUACUUCAGCACUUCUCCUAUCAUGCCACUCUCGCCAGCCAGCGAUCGUUCACGAAUUGGGGCAGCCGGCUCGAGAGAGAAUCUCGAUGGGACUCUAAUGACCGAAAGGAUUUUCGCUACCUCGCCGAUCAUGGGUCUUUCACCCGCAUCUUCGUUGGCCAAUUCUGUCCAGGAAGUGCCACUUCAACCUGCUGCUGAUGUUGUGACGAAGUUUUUCAACACUUCACCACUGAUGCCACGUUCGCCGAUCAGCGAUGGUCGGCGCUUCUCGGAUACCGAGUCUGGGACCAAUCCGCACACGGCGCCACUGGACCAGCACUUCUUCUGUAGCUCACCCAUUAUGAAAAUGAAU